CAUGUGGAAUGCUUGAAUAUCGUGUAUAGUGCCGAACAUAAUUCUUUGUUUGGGGCUUUAUAGCUAUAACGCCCCGUAUAUGUUGGUCGCUGUCAAACUCCAUAUGAUGGUAUAGGGUUGGCAGGAGGCUGGUUUUGACAGAUUUCGACCAAAACAAAAAUGUAAGACAAAUGCCAAAGCAAUAUAGAAAAAUACUGGUGUAAAAUCACACCGUAACAUCGUGGAUAAUUCGCCACUAAAAUAGUUCAAUAGAAUAUUAAUUUUGAUAAAAAAUAAUGAUACCCAGUGAUCUUUUGGUGCAAUUAAAAAAGCCUUAAUCACUCGUAGUAUAGUAAAAUUGAACAAUGUGAUACGUAAAGUGUGGAUGUACAUAUAUUACCAGGCUCUGCAUCGUAAUUCAAAAAGUAUCCUAGACUAAUUUAGCUAAAAGAAUUAGCUUUAGUGAUAUCUUGACUAGGAUGUGAGCUAAUUUGGAGUCAAUCCAUCAAGCCGUAUCUCAGUUAGGAGCUGUGGAAGAGUCUAUUUGGACUAUUUGGACGACGCUCUAAUCAGUCUAGAAAGAUUCGUAAUCGUCUAAUUUAGGAGACGGAAAGGUACCAGCCAUGAAAUUGGGCUUAUCAUCAUCUCCAUUAAGGCGUCGCAGUUGUUUUUUAGCAUUUAUACUCAUUUUGGUACCAUGUACAAUAUUAUUUUUAGUAAUAGGGACAGAUUUUACAGCUGAGCAAACCAUGGCGCAACGAGUAGCUGAGUUCCAGAUGCGUAUGCAAUACCUUGAAUCAAUGUAUCGCGCAAAACAGGAGGAUGUAGCUAUUUUAUCGCAGUACUUGGGAUUGUCAAGUCAAAACGGUGAAACAUCGAAUGUGUCAAUAAAUUUGAACCUUUUGGAUGGUCUAAGCGCGGAUUCACGAUCGAUGAUUCGUAAUGCGUCUGCUUCAGCAAAGUUGCCUGCUAAUUUAAAGUUACCAACGGCCUUUCACUUCUUACCACAUCUUCUUGAUGAUCCUGCCUCUCUGCGACCAGCGUUUCUUCAGACAAAAAACAGACAAGGCGUUUCUAUUGUUCUUGGCAUACCAACGGUUAAGCGCGAUAAACAAUCAUAUCUUUUAGAAACAUUGGACAAUCUAAUAGCUAAUAUGGACGAUGACGAACAGAACGAAACCAUGAUCGUCAUAUUUGUUGGAGAGUCGGACAUAGAUUACGUGACGCAAAUCGCGAACGGCAUCAACUUACGGUUUCCCACGUUUGUAGAUAGCGGUUUUAUUGAAGUUAUUGCCCCUGCUGCUAGCUACUAUCCAGAUAUGACUCGACUCAGACAAACGCUGAAUGACUCUGUUGAACGAGUUAGAUGGCGUUCAAAACAGAAUUUGGAUUUUGCUUAUCUUAUGGCCUAUACCCAGCCUAAAGGCACGUUCUAUGUUCAACUAGAAGAUGACAUUCUCACGAAGAAAGGAUUUAUCAGUAUUAUUAAGAAUUUCGCCUUAGAGAAAACAGCUAAGAAAGAACAUAGUCAAUGGUUUGUUUUGGAUUUUUGCCAGCUUGGGUUUAUUGGAAAGAUGUUCAAAUCAGCUGAUUUGCCAUGGCUCAUCACCUUCUUUCAGAUGUUUUUUAAUGAAAAGCCAGUCGACUGGUUAUUGUACCAUCUUAUAUAUACAAAAGUGUGCAGUGUUGAGAAAGAUGCGAAAACUUGCAAGCAGGAAAUGUCGAAAUUAUGGAUCCAUUACAAACCAUCUUUAUUUCAGCAUAUUGGAACGACGUCAUCGUUAAGAGGAAAAGUCCAAAAGCUUAAAGACAAACAGUUUGGAAAAAUACCUACAUUUUAUCCUCACAAUAAUCCUCCAGCUGUCGUUAAAACAGGAAUUCAGCACUACAAAUCCUACACCAUAGCAAAAGCAUACACCGGAGAAAGUUUCUUUUGGGGUCUAAUGCCCCAACCGGGAGAUUCGAUUGAGUUCAAAUUCAAAGAACCAGUAGUAUUGAAAAGAUAUUUAUUCCGAAGUGGUAAUUUUGAGCAACCUUCCGAUCGCUUCUAUAAUACUACCGUUGAAGUACUGCCGUUUAACUUGGCUGAAGAUUCGCCUGUUUGGAGCAAUUACAAUACAACGACUGAUGGAUUUCUUAUAAUUGGAGUUUUUAAUGAUUUUGGAAUUGCAGAGGGAGUUAUAGAUUCUAAAAUAGGAGAACUCAAAGAGCUUCGUCUACACGUUUAUAGUGAUAGUCAAAAUUGGGUUAUACUACGAGAAAUACUAUUGCAGGACAAUUCUGUUCGGUGACGAAAGCGUUAUCGUAUUCUAGUCCAACCCAGUAGCAUGUAUUCGUUGCGAGAUUCUUCGAAACGUAGCAAAAUGUGUUUGAAGAAACUUCAACACGAAAUAUCAUCGCGUUACCUAGGAUUGAACACAACAUAAUAGACGUCUAGAAAUGUGCUAAGAGGUAUUACUUUUGAGCUUUUUUUGAAUUAUACACAAGUUGUGCUACUCUAAAGUUACCAUGAUUGUUAAGUGAUUGAAACAAUGUUAAAUUUGUGACGUACUGCACGUAAAUAUGAAAACUUAAUACAUAUUAUGCAUAAAUGUCAAGCAAGUUCCAAGCAACGCAAGCUUUCAUAACGAAAAAUGUGUGUAUGUAUUAUUCUUAUUGCAACAUGCUAUUAAUGAAAACGAAUGAUGACGAAAUUCGUUUUCUCAGACAGUUUGCAAAAAGUUUAUUUAUAAAAGUAAUGUCCAUGUGAAGCUGUUGUAAUUUUUAACACAUAAUUGGACAUAUGAUGAAAUGAAGAAAUUUCUAAGUGAAACGUAAAAUGAUUUAGUUUUAAUACUAUUUGCCAUGUGUUUUCGA